UGAGACAGAGUGGAUUUUGAGUAACUUAAGCAAUAUCUAGACUCGUAUAUCUCUUUAACAACUAAAUAUUUGUCACCGCCAUCGUCAGCGACGACUGUAAUAAGUAGUUUAUGAGAGAAAACGGCACCUGAGAAAUACAGUAAGAUUGGCUAACCCGAGACGAAAGGGAAAAAACAGUUCCCAGAGCAGUGGCAGGAGAGACCGUGGACAGUAAUAAACAGCUAUCAGUUUGGGUUCCUGGAGGAUGUCUGCGACCACUGUCGAUCAGAGACCUAAAGGACAAGGUAAUAAAGUUAGCUUGCAAAAUGGUUCAAUGCAUCAGAAGGAUGCUGUAAACGAUGAUGACUUUGAGAAUUACCUAAGCAGCCAGACAAAUCAGAGUAACAGCUACCCACCAAUGUCCGACCCCUACAUGCCCAGCUAUUAUGCCCCUUCGAUUGGAUUUCCUUACUCUUUGGGUGAAGCAGCCUGGUCCACAGCAGGAGACCCCCCUAUGCCCUACUUGACCACCUAUGGACAAAUGAGCAAUGGUGAACACCACUUUAUCCCAGAUGGAGUGUUUAGCCAACCUGGUGCUUUGGGUAACACGCCGCCCUUCCUCAGCCAGCAUGGGUUUAAUUUUUUCCCCGGCAAUGCAGACUUUUCCACCUGGGGCACCAGUGGCUCUCAGGGACAGUCCACACAAAGCUCGGCCUACAGCAGCAGCUACGGCUACGCUCCCAGCUCGCUCGGCCGGGCGAUAGCGGACGGACAGGCGGGUUUUGGCAGCGACACGCAGCUUAGUAAAGUCCCAGGUAUCAGCAGUAUCGAGCAGGGGGUGGCCGGACUCAAGUUGGGUUCCGACAUGGCGGCGGUCACCAAAACGGUGGGGUCUCCGCUCGGAGGAACGGCGAGUAUGAGCAGCAUGGCGGCCAAUAACAUCCCCCCUGUCAGUUCCUCUGCUCCCAAACCCACCUCGUGGGCAGCCAUUGCUAGGAAACCUGCCAAGCCACAGCCCAAGCUGAAGCCCAAAGCCAACAUGAGUAUGGGAGGUGGAGCCGCCAUUCCCCCGCCGCCCAUAAAGCAUAACAUGAACAUUGGAACCUGGGAUGACAAAGGCUCCAUCACCAAACCACCUCUUGCUCAGCAGAUGUUGCCUCAGCCCCUGGUGCAGCAGCAGCUCUUGGCCCAGCCUCAGCCCUUGCUGCAGAGUCCGCUUCCCCCUCAACCCCCAGGUCCCCCCCAGCCCCAUCAGCACCACCCCUCUCAGCCUGGCCCGCCCCAGCCCCUCCACCAACCUCAGCAGCAGAACGUCCCACCUCAGAACCGUUGGGUGGCUCCUCGAAAUAGGGGAACCACCUUUAACCAGAACAGCGGAGUGGAGACUUUUGGCCUUGGGACUGGUGUCCCCAUGAGCAUCUCGCCAUCGUCCGGCGAGGUGCACCCCGUGCUUGAGAAACUCAAGGCCCUCAACAAUUACAACCCCAAAGACUUUGACUGGAACUUGAAAAAUGGACGGGUAUUCAUCAUCAAGAGCUACUCGGAGGAUGACAUCCACCGCUCCAUCAAGUACUCCAUCUGGUGCAGCACCGAGCACGGUAACAAGCGCCUGGAUGCUGCCUACCGCUCCCUUGGUGCCAAAGGCCCACUCUAUCUGCUCUUCAGCGUCAAUGGCAGUGGCCAUUUCUGCGGUGUGGCUGAGAUGAAGUCCACCGUGGACUAUAACGCCUACGCUGGCGUCUGGUCUCAGGACAAGUGGAAGGGCAAGUUUGAGGUGAAAUGGAUCUUUGUCAAGGAUGUGCCCAACAACCAGCUUAGACACAUUCGCUUAGAGAACAAUGACAACAAACCUGUCACCAACUCCAGGGACACUCAGGAGGUGCCCCUAGAGAAGGCAAAGCAAGUGCUUAAAAUUAUUGCAACUUUCAAGCAUACCACCUCAAUCUUUGAUGACUUUGCACAUUAUGAGAAACGUCAGGAGGACGAGGAAGCCAUGCGAAGGGAGCGAAAUAGAAGCAAACAGUAACUUUACCAAGAUCUCCCUACUAGAACUUCAACACUAAUGACGUAGAACGUUAAAUAUUGCCUAACUACAAAGAAGAAGAGGGUUCUGACAUUUUCUGCUGAAGAUGAUGUGCGAACACUUAACAUGACGAUGGACUCUUCUGUGUCAGUUUUGGUGCAUCUGCCCUUACGCUCAAGUCUCUCACGAAAAAAAAAAAAAAGAAAAAAGAAAAGAAAAUUGCUCACUUAAAACUGUAUCUUAAAGCACUUUCAGUCCUUCUAAAAAAGCUUCAACCAAUACCCUUAACUCUCACUGGACUUUUGUUUGGUAUUAACUAACUAACCAGUGUAGUUAGUACUGAGGGUUUCACCAGAACUUGUUUGUAGGUUUUGUUUUUGUUUUUGUUUUUUUUUUUUUUUUGGUCUUUUCUUUUUGUAAUUCCUCAAAUUUUUUUGGAAGAUGUUAUAGCUCCAUGAACUUGAGCAUUCUCAGAGGAGA